GACAUCGUUGCCCAUCACAGGGUUGUUUUGGAGGAAGUUAAAACAGAUCCCGAAACAGAAAGAGAAAAGACCCGUCAGUUAAACGAGUGGCAGCGACGGUUUCAGCACUCGUAUCUGUAUUCCCCGUUCCGGAUUAAUUCACCCCUACACGAGCGGAAACGAGUCAAACUGCCGCAACAGGGACGCGUGUUGUUUUUUGUUUUGCACCAUAAACAUCAGUCUUGUGAAAGGACACGGCAGAAUUUUAGCUCACAGGCUACUUGAACAAAUACAGACUGAUAUUCGCUAGAUCUCCUACUUUAUAAACCAGUUGUGACACUAUGACAUCAAGGAAGAAAGUUCUACUCAAGGUGAUCAUCCUUGGAGACUCCGGGGUCGGGAAGACGUCUCUGAUGAACCAAUAUGUGAAUAAGAAGUUCAGUAAUCAGUAUAAAGCUACUAUAGGUGCAGAUUUCUUGACAAAAGAAGUGAUGGUGGAUGACCGACUUGUCACAAUGCAGAUAUGGGACACAGCUGGUCAGGAGAGGUUCCAGUCGCUGGGUGUGGCUUUUUACCGCGGCGCCGACUGCUGCGUGUUGGUGUUUGACGUCACUGCCCCCAACACCUUUAAGACAUUGGACAGCUGGAGGGACGAGUUCCUCAUCCAGGCCAGUCCGCGUGACCCAGAAAACUUUCCAUUCGUGGUGCUGGGCAACAAAAUUGAUCUGGAGAAUAGGCAGGUAACAACCAAGCGAGCACAGGCUUGGUGUCAGAGUAAGAACAAUAUCCCGUACUUUGAGACCAGUGCAAAGGAAGCCAUCAACGUAGAGCAGGCUUUUCAAACCAUCGCACGCAACGCACUCAAACAGGAAACCGAAGUGGAGUUAUACAAUGAGUUCCCCGAGCCAAUCAAACUAGACCGGAACGAUAGAGCCAAACCAAUAGCAGAGUCUUGUAGCUGCUGAAGACCUCCAGGCGGCGCAACAUUUCACCCUCAGCCUCUCUGGCCUUGCGUCUGACUCUCUCUCUGUCUCUCAUUCUUUUACUCACCCCAUCUCUUUCUUCGUCUUUUCUCACCCUUUACCUUAACAUAAUCACUGGCCUUGGUCAUUCAGUAUCCUGCACAGGUUUCAUUCACAGCCACACACCCACAUGCUUGAAAGGCUAAAUCUCUCUCCCACAGUAAUCAAGAAGACAUUUUUCUGCGCAGUCCCGACACCUGUCACCAGUUCUAAAGAAUCGUCCCACUAAACUCUAAGGAAAACUUGAAUGGCUCUUGGGAUGUUUUUUAUGUUUAAUCCAGUCCAGCAGUGUAAUUGGAACAUGUGUGAUGUGAGCGGGAUGUGUAUCAGUGCAUUAAAGCUGUACAUACCAGAACUUCCAGACGCUCUCAACUGCUUCUCAUUUUGCUUAAAAUAAAGUGAUGACCUGACAGAAAGCAUAUUCUA